GUCGUCUACAUCAAUGUCUUCAGCCUCCAUCUCCGGUCAAUUUAUCGGGUAUUGGUGGAAAGAUUGAUCGACGCGCUCCGGCGGGCGUGUUUAAUUGAAGUCGCGUUCUCCGCAUCAUCUUUACUUAUGGGGCAGCGGCGACCAAAGACAAAAAUCAUUUGGGGAACUUUUUUCAACCGCAUUGCUCUUGCAACAUCUCAUUCAAUUGUCCGAACUACGUUUGUAAAAGCGAGUUUGCGUUAUUCAUGCGCGGCAUAUGCCAUCUCUCGAGAAGAUGGCACCAGCAGUUUUCGCUCUCUCCGAGCUUUCGGGGUCACCAAACUUGCCUACAAUCUCUACAACCUGUCCGCCAUCUUAGGCAACCGGCUCGAUCGCGCCUACCACGUUCUCCGGCCCCCUCUUCAGUUCCUUCGGUCGCUCCGGUCAAGGUGAACGAGUAUGAACAGUACGGCAACGAUGCGUCCACGAGAGUCAAGGUCCAUGACUACCUGGCGGAGGAGGGCGAACAGAUGAGGGCGCAGCUGGACGAGUUGGAUCGGGAUCUGGCUCUGAUGAAAGAAGGACCAUUUGGACCCAAUAGCGAGUUCAUCCAAUCUUUCCCUCCCGAUGAAAGAGAGGAACUCCUGAAAGCUUUGGAAGAGGAAGGGGUCAUGGCUCCUGACAUUGACGACAUGCUCACUGCCGAAGAUCUCGAAGAGGUCGCAAGAGACGAGAAGACAUCACGGCGACUGGCGGAGGAGAAAGAUCCGCUAAAAGUCACACUGAGUAUUCCUUCGAAAGACAAAAUAUAUGUCAAGCGCUUCAAUAAGGUUCUGCAUGAGGCUGGUCAGUCUGGGGCAAAGGACAAAGACUAUUUCACCUUGUGGAAAUGGUACCUGCGAUGUCAACAACAUGUCUCCAACUUUGCUGUCAUCAUUCCGGAAGAUGUCUGGCAUUUCUUAUGGAAGACACAAACCACUAGGUUUUACAGGCCCAAACAUCUUGCAAUGUUGGGGAAAGAUAUGAUUAGGGUGGAUGUCCAACUCGAGGAUCAAGAAUUGGUCCAAUAUAUCGAUGCUCUCGAGGAUACUGGGGACAUUGCUGCUGCUGCCGAAACUUGGGAAGCGCAGAAGUCUCGACUAGGAAACAACAACGAGUUAGCAGAGACGUUCUGGACGACGGGUAUUCGAAUCUAUGUGGCUCUCGGCAAGCCUCAGAAAGCACAGAACCUCGCAUUUGAGUGUUACGAUCACACGACUAUGGUCGAUCCGGAAGUUCUGGUCAUGGUCAUAUCGGCCUGGGCAAAAAGCCAAAGGGAGUCUGCUCCGACCAAAGCCUGGUCCUGCUACUUGGACCUCCGCAAAAGACUGGAGCGCAAUGAGGACGAACAGACUAGCCUAAGAGUGCUCGGUCGUGUCAGUGGUGCCUUACUUGAGGCUGGCCGCACAGAACUUGCUUCCGCAGUUUUCAAGGACAUGUACUUGCUCAAGUAUAAAUCGGCCUUCGACUCUUGGACAUUCUUCCAAGAUAUGGCCAAAAGCUUGCCGAACUCUGCAUCACCCGGCGAGGAUAUAGUCAACAAGAUCGGACUUGCCUCGUUGGCUUUCCUUCCACGAAACUUCUACAAUCGAUUCUUCUUCGGAUCAUGGAUCAAGUGGCUGAUUGGCGAAGGUAGACUUGACGAAGCUGCACAAGUGGUUGAGCUCAUGUAUGAGCGUGGGACGAGGCCUGAUGCACGGCACUUGAAUGGGCUGGUAGCGGCCUGGCUUCGUGAGGGCUCCCCAACUUCCAGAAAGUCUGCAGAGGACACUGCUUGGGCAAUGAUUCGAGAACGAGUUGAAAUGGUCAAAAAGCGGCAGGCGAAGACAACCAUUAGCAACCCUUCUUCCCCAAAAGAACGCACAAUCGACGCAGCUCAAAUACCGCCAUUUCUUCGUCGAGGUGCCCCGGCAGCGACAAUUGAGACAUUCUCAAUCCUGUUGCAACACUACACUCGUCGUUCGGAUUUGGAGAACGCCAGUCGCGUUACUGAUGUGAUGUUGGGUCCUGCUCAAAUGAAACCGAAUGCAUUCAUUAUGAAUCACUGGCUGUACGCAUCACUUCGCUCUGGCCAGGCAGAAGAGGUAUGGACUCGAUAUUUGAACCUCAAGGAGACGAUUUCACCUGAUCUUGAGACGUUUUGCGCGCUGUGGGAUACAGCAAAAGCUUGUUACACGCCUCCCAAUUCACAUCAGAAUGCAUUUCCAGACGCACGGAGCUUGUUUGCUGAGAUGCAGGGUUGGCUCCGAGUAAUCGAGCCCAGGAGGAGGGAGUUGGUCAAAGCUGAUUUCUCCCCUGAACUAUAUGAACAGAUUAUACGAUGUUUCUGUCUCUUGUCCGACCCCAACGGCGUUCUCUGCGCGCUGUAUGGUCUGCGCGAGUCCUUCGGCAUGCUGCCUCACGAAGAAGUCAUCCGCCUGAUUAUCGUAUCGGUGGCGCGGUCGUUCUGGUCCGACUUUGUUGGGCCUCAACAGCGGCGUGCAUCCAACAUGCGGAAGAUGAAGCAUCUGCACUAUCAAAGCGCCGUCAAGACUCUUACCGAGAUCAUCGUGACGAUGAUGGACAGGAAGCUGGCAGACGGGGAUAUGGAUCCCGAGCAGAUCGAAGACAUCGAAAGUAAGCCUGCUCAAGAACUCCGAUUCGAUGUCUUGACCUCGUUUCUUUGCAUGGUAGUCGAGAAGAGGUCAAAGGGCGUCAGUGAUAUCUCCGAACAAGUAUCUGCCGUGGCGCAAGAGAUGAAGGCUUCUGUCUCCCAAGAGAUAUUUAUCAGGCGUGACUGGGACAAGAUGUAGGGGAGGAGAUAUAGUCUUCACUAUGCAAGACCCAUCUUGUUCACAUAUCAGCCUUGAACAUACUGUAUUCAUAGCACAUUAAGAAGCCAUAUUUCACUCCACCCUAAGGGUAUGCCAGUAC